GCUUGACAUUCUAGUAAAUCUUUUGCUCCAUUGAUUUUUGGUUAUGAUAGAAGAAGAUCUACCUGGAUGAUUUAAGAGCAUCAUUUGUCAGUGAGCACCUCUUAUUUUCUCUUUAUUGGCAGUAGUUCUUACAGCUACUAUUAAUGCUGCUUUCCAUUUUGUCGUUUCGGGUUCAAACAUACCUCUGUAAUAGCCACCACUGAAGGCAGAUUUUGGUAGGCUUUGAAAAAUUUGUUUUGUUGUUGUUGUUGUUGUUUGUUUUGGGGUUUUUUUGUUUUGUUUUGUUUUGUUAGAGAUGGAGUCUUGCUCUGUUGCCCAGGCUGGAGUGCGAUAGCGCAGUCGCGGCUCACUGCAACCUCUGCCUCCUGGGUUCAAAUGUUUCUUCUGCCUCAGACUCCCAAGUAGCUGGGACUACAGGCGUAUGCCACUACACCCGGCUAAUUUUUUGUAUUUUUAGUACAGAUGAGUUUUACCGUGUUAGCCAGGGUGGUCUUGAUCUCCUGACCUCAUGAUACACCCGCCUUGGCCUCCCAAAGUGCUGGAAUUACAGGCAUGAGCCACCACACCUGGCCGAAAAAUUUGUUUUACUUGAGGUUCCACAUGCCUUAUAUAAGGGUUGCAAAACAUAACAGCCUGCAAAUCCUGCAGCAGCAAUGGUCAGUCCGACUGCUACCACUGUACUGGCCAUGGCUGGGCUCCCCUACUGCACCAGGAGCAUGGCUCAUCCCAGCCCAGAGGUUGCGGCCAACAAUGACACACCUUUACCAGAGAGUGACACAGGCACCGAUGGCAAGCACAAUACACUGGAUUAUAAUUUUUUUAAACAAGAGGAUUAUUUGAAAAACAGUCUAGGUGCGGUGGCUCACGCCUGUAAUCCCAGCACUUUGGGAGGCCAAGGCAGGCAGAUCACUUGAGCCCAGGAAUUCUAGACCAGCCUGGGCAUGGUGGCAUGUGCCUGUAGUCCCAGCUACUCAAGAGGAUCACCUGAGCCCAGGCUGAUCGAGGCUGCAGUGAGCUGUGCUCACACCACUGCACUCCAGCCUGGGUGACAGAGUGAGACCCUGUCUCAAAAAAGAAAGAAAAACACAGUUUAUGUUGUUGUUGUAUAUCGAGUCUUAAAUCAAUGCUUCCUCUGGCAGAACAAAUCAGAAGUUGGUUAUACAGUAUCAACUGGCCAAGUGUCUUUAUUAUUUACAGCAUCUACAUUAGUGUUUAAAACCAUCACAUUUUCAAUAUAUAAAUGGGCAAAAAGAUGUUUAGAUGGGUUAGUAAACAAUGGAGAAAUAUUUUAAUUUACUAGAUACUAAGAGGUAGAAAUUAAAAUUUUUAAAAUUUUAUGCCUAUAUAACAAAAAAUAGAAAAUGUUGAUAGUAUGAUAGAUAGUGAAAUUGACACUGGCAUAUUUACACAUUUAAAAAGCCACACGUGGGUCGCUGGGGAACCCAGGCUGUCCUAGGAAGCCGAGUGGGAGUGGCACAGAGCUGCUGGAGAUCCUGAGAACCUGAGUUUUGGCAAGCAGCCAGAAUAUUUAAAACAUGACCACACCAAACAAGACACCUCCUGGUACUGACCCUGAGCAGUUGGAAAAGACUGGAACAGUACGGGAAAUUGGGUCACAAGCUGUUUGGUCACUCUCAUCUUGCAAACCAGGAUUUGGAGUGGAUCAGUUACGAGAUGACAAUCUAGAAACUUAUUGGCAAUCAGAUGGCUCCCAGCCUCAUUUAGUGAACAUCCAAUUCAGAAGAAAAACAACAGUUAAGACAUUAUAUAUUUAUGCAGACUACAAAUCUGAUGAAAGCUAUACUCCAAGCAAGAUUUCAGCCAAAGUAGGGAAUAAUUUUCACAACCUUCAAGAAAUUCGGCAACUUGAAUUGGUGGAACCAAGUGGCUGGAUUCACAUUCCCUUAACUGAUAAUCAUAGGAAGCCAACUUGCACGUUAAUGAUACAGAUUGCUGUUCUAGCCAGUCAUCAAAAUGGAAAAGACACCCAUAUGAGACAAAUUAAAAUAUACACACUGGUAGAAGAGAGCGCCAUUGGUAAAUUUCCUAGAUGUACUAUAGAUUUCAUGAUGUAUUGUUCAAUAAGGUGA